AUGGAGGGUGUAGCAAUUCAGACCGGAUAUAAUAGAAAUAGAGUCACUUCUGUUUUGAAGCCUGAUGAAUAUAAGAACUACGGCUUCCCUCUUGGACAAAGUUUUAAACUAGAAGACAUACCAUGGAAGUCAACGGAAAAGGAGUACGAUUUCGGUGUCAUUGGGUUGCAUGCAGAAAUAAAGGACUUCCUGAACUACAUAUCACCGAGUCCAGCAGAACAGUUUGCUCGUGAAGUAGUCGUUGCAAAGGUUAAGGACAUUGUGUAUAGUCUCUGGCCAAAUUGCCAAGUUGAUGUCUUCGGAAGCUUUAAGACGGGCUUGUAUCUCCCCACAAGUGACAUUGAUAUGGUCAUAUUCGGGAAGUGGGACGCCUUACCUCUACAUACUUUAGAACAAGCUCUGUUUAAAAGUGGCAUUUCAUCAGAAAUCAAGGUUUUGGACAAGGCCACAGUACCUAUUGUAAAGAUGACGGAUAAAGAAACAGAACUUCGGGUAGACAUCAGCUUUAAUAUGAUUAAUAGUGUCAAAGCGGCUGAGCUUAUCAGAGUUUUCAUGAAAAGAUAUCCAUGCCUACCAUGUCUGGUGUUUGUGUUAAAGCAGUUUUUGCUUCAACGAAGCCUAAAUGAGGUAUGGACUGGUGGAUUGAGUUCAUACGCGCUCAUAUUAAUGUGUGUUAGUUUUCUGCAGCACACACUACUCCCGGAAAUCUCUGUUGAUAACGUCAAUUUGGGCAUUCUAUUGGUCGAGUUCUUCGAGCUUUAUGGUCGUCAUUUCAAUUACAGAAAUACAGCUAUUCGCAUCACAAAUGGUGGGUGUUAUGUCCGUAAGGAAGUUGUCCAACAAAAUAUGGAGAGAGGUUUACGUCCAUCGCUUCUUUGUAUUGAGGAUCCGCUCUGCCCUGGUAACGAUGUUGGUCGUCGAUCGUAUUGUGCACUUCAAAUUAAACAGGCUUUUGAAUAUGCCUACGUUGUUCUUAGUAGUGCUGUACUUCCUCAGUAUCAUUUCCUGCACUGCAACACUGAUGUUUCAAUACUUGGACGAAUCAUUCGUAUUUCCAAAAAGUCUCUUGAAUUCCGUCAGAGGAUCCAAGAUUAUGCUCAUCAUCUACGUGCUUCACUCCCAGUAAAUACAAAAAUGUUGCAGGGGAGUGUAAGUAGCAGAUCUCAAAAUUUCAUCCUUCCAUCGAGUCCUUGGGUCUCACAGUCCAACUUGAACACAGUCAGUAGAAUCGAUUAUACACAACCAUCAUCUGCAGAACAAAAAACUACUUUUUCUGUGCAUUCCAAUUUACCUGUUGUUCCCAGAAAUGAACAACUUGAUUUACCGAUUCUUGUUUGGCAAUCGAGUCCCAGUGUUAAUACAUCCCAAGCACCAAAGCUAUCCGGUGCACAAGAUGACUGUGUUGCCGAUGACAAUACUUCUCGGUCACAAAUUAAUUUCUCAGCAAAAAAACCUGUCAGCAUUUCUAGUUCUGACAGCUAUAACGAGCAUAUUGAAAUGAUUAACUCCGCUACUUCAAGUGAUGGAGACUAUUGCAAUACUAAUGGCGAAUCCGAUGUUGAAAAACCUGGAGAAUACAGCGUACUAGCGGAUGAACUUGCUUCCCUAACAACAUUUAACCAAAUAGAGAAGAAAAACAUUUUAGCCCCAAUAGUUAACACUAAUUCGUUAAAAUCUUCAGAGGUUACUUUCAGAAAACCCCAUCAAGGUCGUAAAAGACGCUGUUUACGGGUAUUAACAUCCUCCAAGUCCAACGCGGGUAACUCUUCAAAUCAGCAGCCAGCGAAUCUCCGUGAUGACUGCAUUGCAUCUAUGUACCCAAACACACAAGGUGUCGCCUUUUCGGGCCAAAGAACAAGUUCCCAAAACCAUGUUCACGGAAAAAGUAACAUAUUUUGUAAAUCAUAUGAAAAACCACAUCAAAGUGCCUUGCUUUGUUUCCCAACCUCUGUUGGAUCUCAAGUUUCGCGCCCAAGUAAUUCGGGCUGUAAUAGUUUUUCCCGUUUAUCUCAAGCACAAAAACGUCAUGCAACAGCUUCUAGACGCUCAAAGUAG